CAAGAUGCAACAUUUGACCGUCAGGAUUUGCCUCCUGUUGCUGCUCCUCCACCAUCUGACGUCAGUUAAGGAGGAGGAGAGCGUGCAGGUGGAGGUGAUCGUUGACAGCUCGCCCUGCAGCGCCACCUGUGGGCUGGGCGUUAAAACUCAAACCGUUUGUCUGAUGAAAGAUGGCGAGAAAGCCACGAAAGCAGUGACGAGCAAAGAUGGAACGGAGGUGUCGCAGGAUUGCCGUGUCCGUAGGGUAAAGUGUCUGCAGUCGUGGCGGUGUGGACUCAGCACCAUGACUGUGACGUCAGGACAGAGAGUGGAGCUUGACUGUCUGGAGGAAGUCAUGAAGGCCAUGGGGAGGUUCUCUUGGAGGUUGUCGUGGCGUUACACCCGAGGAAUAAUCACCUCUGAUGACUCUCUGUUCAUCCGCUGGGAUGCUCCUCUACUGGAUCGAGUGAUCCUCAACCCCGUCAGGGAGGAGGACGCAGGUACUUAUUGUUGCACCGUGCAGGACGUCACUCUGCGCAGGGUGAAGAGGGCUUGCUGGGGGAUCCGGGUCUUGCCCGCCAGGGUUCUCAAUCUGAACCAUGAAAGCUCUCAGGCCCGGUGGGAGUCCACUGGAAAGCAGCAGAAUGACACCGCGUCACACCAAAUCUACACAAUGGUGAUCACCUUGAGCUUGUCCAGCCUAGCUGUUGGAAUCCUGCUGGCCGGCCUCUACUUGGCAGUCAGAAAUUUGGAGUAUUUGGACAGAAAUGCGGAAAACGACAACAAGUACCAGUCAAAUAAUGCAGUUAAGCGAUAAACUCUACAUGGCUACAAUCAAUUUUCUUGGGAAUAAUAAAAAAAACACAUAGUGCUA